CUCAGAGAGAGGCUUGGAACGCAGAGAAUAUCGAUACUAGUAUUAAGCAACGCACAGAAACGAGUGAGAGAGAGAGGAGUGGAGCUCUGGGUUACUAAAAUAGAGUGACCCAUCAUUUCAGUCCCCAGUCUGGUGGGUGCCUGGAGGUGAUGGGAAACCGAGAUAAUGCAUCAUCUAAGCCAGAAUCCUGGGGUCUCAGUCACAAGAUGAAUCUUUUAAUACGUGGAUUGUUGCUCUUCCUCAUUGGCGUUUUUUUGGCUUUAGUACUAAACCUUCUACAAGUUCAAAGGAAUGUUACUCUUUUCCCACCGGAUGUCCUUUCUAGCCUGUUCUCUUCAGCUUGGUGGGUGCCCCUGUGCUGUGGUACAGCUGCAGCUGCCAUUGGACUUUUGUACCCAUGUAUUGACAGACACUUGGGAGAGCCACACAAGUUCAAAAGAGAGUGGUCUAGUGUAAUGCGCUGUGUGGCUGUCUUUGUUGGUAUAAAUCAUGCCAGUGCUAAAGUGGACUUUGCCAACAACAUGCAGCUAUCCCUUACAUUGGCUGCUCUAUCCAUUGGUCUGUGGUGGACAUUUGACAGAUCCCGCAGUGGUUUAGGCCUCGGAAUAGGAAUUGCUUUCUUUGCUACACUUGUGUCUCAGCUCCUGGUGUACAAUGGAGUCUAUCAAUACACAUCGCCAGACUUCCUGUAUGUGCGAUCAUGGCUGCCGUGUAUUUUCUUUGCUGGUGGAAUCACUAUGGGAAAUAUUGGACGUCAGUUGGAGAUGUAUGAAAGAAAAAUACCAACAGACAAAUAUCACCGGGACUGAGCUUAGCAGAAGCACACAAGCCAAAUAUACAUGAACAAUAAUUGGAAGGCAGAGUGGGAACGUGGUACUGCAAUCUGUGAUUGCCACUUCUAGAAUUUGUUGUGUUCCUUUUUAGUAGAACUCCCAUGGCGCAGAGGAAGCUGCUGACACAACUGAUCAGCAGAACUAUAAAGAAGUAGCCUCAACAUUAAAGCAUUGCUUUCAUCACUUUCAAGGCAGCAGCUGAUUACUUCCCCAUCAUUGAGGGACUGCAAGCUGCUUUGUUUGCCCAGAUCUGUUCCGGACCUGAUUUGCAAAUAGAGGCUAUAUAGAGUGUUACCAAUAAGUAAACUUCUAUGCAGGAAAGACAAUUGGCAGCUUCCUCGUCUAAGAUUCCCACAAGAAAGGACAUAUGUGCGUGUGUGAAUAAGAAGUAUGGACCCUUUUUAUCCUUCACUGUAAAUGAAUUUUACCCCAUCACAACUUGUUGUAAAUGUUACAGUAUUUAAGACCAUUAUUUGUGCAUCCGAUUUAAACAGAGUUCUUUACCAAAUCUACAGCUGGCAUUUUCAGGCACUUUACAAACUAAGAUAUUGGGGUCAUUUGAUCUCUUACAUAGUCAAUAAAAUGUGGUACAUUUACUAAAA